GGCUGUGGGAGUUUCGCUGGUUUAAAAAUACACAGAGGAAGCCAGUGAGAGGGUGAGAGAAAGGGGAAGGGGAGCUGGGGAAGGCACCUCAACCUUGAUGUCCAGAGCCCCGAGGGCCUGCUUGCCGGCCGGCCGGAGGCUUUGCACGACUCGCCAAGAUGACGGAAGGGCCCAAGAAGGCCAGCAGAAAGUUCAAAUUCUUCAAGUUCAAGGGCUUUGGGAGUCUCUCCAACCUCCCUCGGUCCUUCACUCUGAGACGGCCCUCGGCCCCCAUCAGUGUUCAGUCCCAGCUGGAGCCUGACACAUUUGAGGCCACCCAGGAUGACAUGGUGACAGUUCCCAAAAGCCCUCCCGCCUAUGCCCGCUCCAGUGACAUGUACAGCCACAUGGGAACCAUGCCUCGCCCCAACACCAAGAAGGCUCGGGACCGGGCUCGAGACCAGGCUCAGGAGCAAGCCCGGAAGGGGAGCCCUGAGCCUCACCUGGUACUUCGAGGUCUACCCGACCCCCCAGGUUUGGAGGCAGCCAAGGAGGUGGUGGUGAAGGCCAACAGCCCCCUGAAGAACACUCCAGCAGCGGGACCUGGCCCUUCAGCAGUGGAGAUGGACCCCACAAGAAAGCCUGAGGACCCCGUGGCGGACACAGAGGAGCAGGUAGCUCCCAGAGAUGCACACUCAGAAAGGGCCACCGGAGAGCCAGCGGCUGGCGAGGACUACGUGAAGUUCUCCAAGGAGAAGUACAUCCUGGACUCGUCGCCAGAGAAACUGCACAAGGAGUUGGAGGAGGAGCUCAAACUCAGCAGCACAGACCUUCGCAGUCACGCCUGGUACCACGGCCGCAUCCCCAGAGAGGUCUCAGAGACCCUGGUUCAGCGCAAUGGGGACUUCCUCAUCCGGGACUCGCUCACCAGCCUGGGCGACUACGUGCUCACUUGCCGCUGGCGCAACCAGGCCUUGCACUUCAAGAUCAACAAGGUGGUGGUGAAGGCGGGCGAGAGCUACACCCACAUCCAGUACCUGUUUGAGCAGGAGAGCUUCGACCACGUGCCCGCCCUGGUGCGCUACCAUGUGGGCAGCCGCAAGGCCGUGUCGGAGCAGAGCGGCGCCAUCAUCUACUGCCCCGUCAACCGCACCUUCCCGCUGCGCUACCUCGAGGCCAGCUACGGCCUGGGCCAGGGCAGUGGCAAGGCUGCCAGCCCCGCCAGCCCUUCGGGCCCCAAGGGCAGCCACAUGAAGCGGCGCAGCGUCACCAUGACCGACGGGCUCACCGCAGACAAGGUCACCCGCAGCGACGGCUGCCCCACCAGCGCUUCCCUGCCCCAGCCCCGGGACUCCAUCCGCAGCUGCGCCCUCAGCAUGGACCAGAUCCCGGACCUGCGCUCGCCCAUGGCCCCCAUCUCUGAGAGCCCCAGCUCCCCCGCCUACAGCACCGGUAUGGUAACCCGUGUCCACGCUGCGCCUGCAGCCCCCUCUGCCACAGCACCUCCUGCCUCCCCCGUCACCCGCCGCUCCAGUGAGCCCCAGCUGUGUUCCAGAAAUGCCCCGAAGCCACUUGGGGAGCUGGACAAGGGCCCUCCCACUAGCCCCUCUCGUGCCCUCUGCAAGGCGUCUCCAUCACCGUCACUCAGCAGCUACAGCGACCCGGACUCUGGCCAUUACUGCCAGCUCCAGCCUCCCGUUCGUGGCAGCCGGGACUGGGCAGCAGGAGAGGCCUCCAGCCGGCAGGCCAGGAGCUAUGGGGAGAGGCUAAAGGAACAGUUAGAAAACGGAGUCCCCGAGGGGGAUGGGGGCAAGGCCUUCACAGUCCCCACUGUGGAAGCCACCUCUUCCUUCAACCCAGCCACCUUCCAGUCGCUGCUGAUUCCCAAAGAUAACCGGCCGCUGGAGGUGGGCCUUCUGCGCAAGGUCAAGGAGCUGCUGACGGAGGUGGACGCCCGGACGCUGGCCCGGCAUGUCACCAAGGUGGACUGCCUGGUUGCUAGGAUACUGGGCGUUACCAAGGAGAUGCAGACCCUAAUGGGAGUCCGCUGGGGCAUGGAGUUGCUCACCCUCCCCCAUGGCCGGCAGCUACGACUAGACCUGCUGGAAAGGUUCCACACCAUGUCCAUUAUGCUGGCGGUGGACAUCCUGGGCUGCACCGGCUCCGCCGAGGAGCGGGCCGCGCUGCUGCACAAGACCAUCCAGCUGGCUGCCGAGCUGCGCGGGACUAUGGGCAACAUGUUCAGCUUCGCCGCCGUCAUGGGCGCCCUAGACAUGGCCCAGAUUUCCCGGCUGGAGCAGACAUGGGUGACUCUGAGGCAGCGACACACGGAGGGCGCCAUCCUGUAUGAGAAGAAGCUCAAGCCGUUCCUCAAAAGCCUCAAUGAGGGCAAAGAAGGCCCGCCACUGAGCAACACGACCUUUCCUCACGUACUGCCACUCAUCACUCUGCUGGAGUGCGACUCGGCCCCGGCCGAGGGCCCCGAGCCCUGGGGCAGCACAGAGCAUGGCGUGGAGGUGGUGUUGGCCCACCUAGAAGCGGCCCGCACGGUGGCGCACCACGGAGGCCUGUACCACACCAACGCCGAGGUCAAACUGCAAGGGUUCCAGGCCCGGCCUGAGCUCCUGGAGGUGUUCAGCACCGAGUUCCAGAUGCGUCUGCUCUGGGGCAGCCAGGGCGCCAGCAGCAGCCAGGCCCGGCGCUACGAGAAGUUCGACAAGGUCCUCACUGCCCUGUCCCACAAACUGGAGCCUGCCGUUCGCUCCAGCGAGCUGUGACGCCAGGGACCUUUUGCCUCUGCAGCUUCGGGCAUCAUCGGGGGCAGAGGGACAAGGACUUUUCUCCAGAGCACCCCAGGGACACUGUGAUCAGCCCGAGAAUGUUCUGGGUUCAGCUCCAGGAUCUCCUCUGUACCUCCAGGGUCCUGCGUGGAUUCUGGACUGCACCCCACCGCCCCACGCUCGCAAGUCUCCCUUCAGGAAGAACAGCAACCGCUGUUCCUCCCACCAGCUUCUGCUGCUUCCCUUCCUGCCAAGGUUCCCUGUUUUUGAGCCAUGGAGGCUCCUCACGCCUCCUCUCUCUCCUCCAGGAAUCUGCUCCCACCGACACCAAGGCCUCCCUCUUACUGUAAAUAAGUCUGUUCUGUAAAUAGAUGUACAGAAGCCAUGUUCUUUCUUUCAUAUAAUAAACUUUUAUGACUCUUU